AUGAGAGGAGGAAUCGCAUUUUCCCGAAAAUCAAUAGUAGUGGAAACAAAAGAAGUUAACUCAACAACGAUUCCCAAACCGCUCAAAUCUCCUAGCCUUCCAUCUUCGCCAACUUUAACUAAUUUAAUGAAUUGGUGGCCAGGAUCCAAAGAUAAAAAAGUGAAAAACGAGACAGAAUAUCAUGAGUCUCUUGCUCACUCUAUUAAAGACAUUAUAAUGGGUGCAGACCAUGGAGCUCAUGCACAACAACGCAAGCGUGCUGUGAAGGCUCUACAAAAACAAGCGACUGCUCAAGGAAUAGUUAGUAUGCUUAAGGCAAUGCCAGAUCCACAAACAGUGGAAGUUGAUGCCGUUCAAGUUACUACUGUUACUGCUUCCCCUCUUUCGUCAGCGGUUAAUGGUAAAGACAAAACCCUUAGUACUGAUCCUUCCAAUACCAACAAAGACGAUAAUCCGGGAAAUUCCAAGACGGAAAAGUCUACAGACACAAAUACUCGUGGUACUGCAACAAAAGAAGGUGAAUCGAAAUCUGUCACGGCAAAAAAUAUAGUAAAGAAACUAUUUCAUCCUCCAACUCAUCAAAUUUCAGCCUAUGUUUUUUGGUGGGGUUAUGAAAUUUAUGUGCCGCAAGAUUGUAUGGGACGACUUGAUCAAGCACAAAAUGUUGGCAAUUCAUUCCUUGGGUUGUUGCAAGUAGUCGCCAGUACUGUCACAGCAAUUCAUCCGUAUUUUGGGUUUAUUGCCGCUUGGGUCGGAUUACAAUUCACUGUAAUUAAAUCACAAAAUCUCGGGCAUGGUGUCGUGUUGGCUGCUACUUGGGUUUUGCCAGUUGCUUUAGUUCCGAGACCAUGGGAUGCUCCACUUGAUUAA